ACUUUUGACUCUAGCGAGUGACACUGACGCCAGGAUAACCAACAAAGAACACUGAUCUGUGCGUUAGUGUGGACAGAGUGUCUCACAAAACACGAUAAACACUUACAGAGAAGUGUGAUCAACUUCUUAGUGAUAUUGUGUGAACAAUUAUUGAUGAACAGUGUAACAACGAGUGUUGCGAACCAACAGAGUGUAGUGCGACAUUCUUCAAAGAACACUAUUCUUCAAUCAACUCAACGGAUAUCCGGGCGUAAUUACGGGUCAGAUACAUAUACCCAGCCCAUGUUGAGAUGGUUUCAACAACUUCUAGACCUCGUCUGCAGGGGCGGCUGUGCAGGCGAUGAGUUGUCCUUUUAAGUUAAGUAUAAGUCUUUAAACUUAACUGGUAAUGCCAUUUCUCAACACAAUUGGGUCCAGGGACUGUACCUCAAUAUUACAGAGGCAUAUGAUGGGUCCAGGGACUGUACCUGAACAUUACAGAGGCACAUAAUGGGUCCAGGGACUGUACCUCAACAUUACAGAGACACAUAAUGGGUCCAGGGAUUGUACCUCAACAUUACAGAGACACAUAAUGGGUCCAGGGACUGUACCUCAACAUUACAGAGACUCAUAAUGGGUCCAGGGACUGUACCUCAAUAUUACAGAGGCAUAUGAGGGGUCCAGGGACUGUACCUCAACAUUACAGAGGUACAUAAUGGGUCCAGGGACUGUACCUCAACAUUACAGAGGCAUAUGAUGGAUCCAGGGACUGUACCUCAACAUUACAGAGGCACAUAAUGGGUCCAGGGACUGUACCUCAACAUUACAGAGACACAUAAUGGGUCCAGGGACUGUACCUCAACAUUACAGAGACAUAUAAUGGGUCCAGGGACUGUACCUCAACAUUGCAGAUGCCCGUAAUGAGUUAUUUAUGCAGACAUGAAUUAAGUCACACAAAUAUUACAAUGUGGCUUAGGUAUAAACCCCGUUGAUAUGCGGACCAUUGAGUCCACACAAGUAGGUAUUUUGUCAGCCAUCAGUGAAUGAAGUAUGCUGACAUAACACCCCCUAGGGGUAAUUUAUAAUCAUACAAAUUAUAUUUCUUGACAGCCCAUGUUGAGAUGGUUUCGACAGCUUUUAGACCUCGUCUGCAGGGGCGGCUGUGCAGGCGAUGAGUUGUCCUUUUAAGUUAAGUAUAAGUCUUUAAACUUAACUGGUAAUGCCAUUUCUCAACACAAUUGGGUCCAGGGACUGUACCUCAAUAUUACAGAGGCAUAUGAUGGGUCCAGGGACUGUACCUCAACAUUACAGAGACUCAUAAUGGGUCCAGGGACUGUACCUCAAUAUUACAGAGGCAUAUGAUGGGUCCAGGGACUGUACCUCAACAUUACAGAGGCACGUAAUGGGUCCAGGGACUGUACCUCAACAUUACAAAGGCAUAUGAUGGAUCCAGGGACUGUACCUCAACAUUACAGAGGCACAUAAUGGGUCCAGGGACUGUACCUCAACAUUACAGAGACACAUAAUGGGUCCAGGGACUGUACCUCAACAUUACAGAGACACAUAAUGGGUCCAGGGACUGUACCUCAACAUUACAGAGACACAUAAUGGGUCCAGAGACUGUACCUCAACAUUACAGAGACACAUAAUGGGUCCAGGGACUGUACCUCAACAUUACAGAGACACAUAAUGGGUCCAGGGACUGUACCUCAACAUUACAGAGGCACAUAAUGGGUCCAGGGACUGUACCUCAACAUUACAGAGACACAUAAUGGGUCCAGGGACUGUACCUCAACAUUACAGAGACAUAAUGGGUCCAGGGACUGUACCUCAACAUUACAGAGACACAUAAUGGGUCCAGGGACUGUACCUCAACAUUACAGAGACACAUAAUGGGUCCAGGGACUGUACCUCAACAUUACAGAGACACAUAAUGGGUCCAGGGACUGUACCUCAACAUUACAGAGACACAUAAUGGGUCCAGGGACUGUACCUCAACAUUGCAGAUGCCCGUAAUGAGUUAUUUAUGCAGACAUGAAUUAAGUCACAAAAAUAUUACAAUGUGGCUUAGGUAUAGUCUUGAAUCAUUUACAUUACCUUAUAUUUUACCAAGGUAUGCUGGAAUCUAAGCAGUUUUAAGUGGUUAUGCAUGUAUUUACAAUAGGCUUAGUCUAUUAUAAGGAUAUGUUUCCAGAAUUAUUAGUAAUAUACCACUGUAAUAUACUAUUUCUGAGUGAGCUGUCUCUGAAUUCAUUAAUUUUAUCGCAUUCCAGCACAUAAUGACUCAAGGUGUGACAAUGGUCCAUCUGGCAACGUUGUAAUCAUAAAAAUUACUGAGGUGUAUAAUAGAACCGGGGACCAUGCCCUGAUAUUUUUGUUAAAUAGUUAAGUUAGACAAGUAAUGAACUAUUUACAAUCUUAUUGACUUAUGAACAAGAGCAAAGAGUUGCUUAAAUAUUAAUAAAUUCAGUAAUACAAACAUUACGAUGAAGAUUAUAUGUGGUUUUGAGUUCUUUACAAUAUAUAAUAUUUGUUGUUAUAUUUAGAAAAUUGGUAGUAGUUAUAAGUUAUGUACAAUAGACAAAGUAAAAAUAUUUAUUCACGAGUGUAAUACAAAGAAAAAUGAUAAUAUUAAUCACCAAGGUCGGGAGGAACCAGUUUAAAUAACCCGCGCUACUCUAAUUUUGCUUUCUAAUCUAUAAUCUUUACACAUUUAAAUAUUUACCUCAAUUUACAAAAGUAAAGAGUAAUGUGAACUAAAAUAAAUCCCCGCAUGAUAUAUAUUUUUAAGUUGACUCUACUAUUAUAACAGUUAUGAUUUAAAUUUAUUAUUUUUCGCAGAGAAUAUCAAAGUAAAAAUAUUGGGACUUGUUUUCAUCAAAGAUGUGAAAAUGGCAGAAGGUGGAGCACAGAAUGUAUUGUGUCGGUAUUUUAUAAAUGGGGCUUGUCGUGAGGGAGAAUGGUGCAGUUUUUCUCACAAUCGUGAUGCAGCUCGACCUUCAAUGGUGUGUCGAUAUUAUUUGAGAGGAACCUGCUUUUACGGACGUACAUGCAGAUAUGAUCACAUUCGCCCAGACAAUCACAGUCAGUCAGAUUCUACUCAGCAAGAAGAACGUCGUAAAAAUAAUCCUUGUCCGGAGUCUACUCAGAAUGACAGGUUUGACUUGAGGCUUCGAGAAGGUGUUGAAGAAACAAAAACGCAAUCUAGUCACACUAAUGUACUUGGUGUAAGCAUACAUGCGAAGGAAUUCAUAUAUAACCCUCCCAGUGACCUACCUGUUAAUGGUAGUCCCAAGAAAUUGAAUAGUGCUGGCAGCAGCAGCAACAAAAAAAGUAAUAAUAGUAGCAGCAGUAAUAGCAGUUGUAGCAGUGGCAUUAGCAGUUGUAGCAGCAGCAGCAGCAGCAGCAGCAGCAGCAGCACUAGCAGCAGCACUAGCAGCAGCAAUGGUACCAGUAGCAGGAACAGUAGCUGCAGCAGCAACAGUAACAUCAGUAGUAGCAGCAGCAGCAGCAGCAGCAGCAGCAGCGCCAACACCAACAGCAGCACCAAUUGCACCAGCAGCAUUUUAUCAAGAAUGAGCAGUAAACAAAAGUGUUUACCUAGUUGGUGUCAGAAUAAUCCUGCACCAUCCUGGGUGGAUGCUCCUGAAUUUGUACCUAGAUUUGCCAAAGAUGUUACUUCUAAGCCAGAAUAUGAUGUCUCUUAUGCUCAAGUGGCUGGAGGUGGUGACAAAGACCCCUCCUGUGGCUUCAUCAGUGAUAUCAGGUCAUCAGACAGUGAGUUGUGUCCAACCUACUUAAUGUCUGGCAAAUGUCAAAUAGGGGAAAAUUGCUCGUACAUCCAUGGCUUACUCUGUGAAGUGUGCCAGUUAGCUUGCUUACAUCCGUAUGAUAAAGAACAAAGAAGAACACACAAGGAGGAGUGCACCAAGCUAAUGGAGGCUGAAAUGGAGCAUUCAUUUGCUGUUGCAAGAUCUCGAGACAAAGUGUGUGGGAUCUGCAUGGACAAUGUUAUGGAACGCCCCUUGGCAUCUCAGCGAAGAUUUGGGAUCUUGCCCAAUUGUGCGCAUUGCUUCUGCUUAAACUGCAUACGCAAAUGGCGGCAAUCUAAACAGUUUGAAAAUAAAAUUGUACGAAUUUUUGAUAUGGUUUAUUGCAGUGCUAAACCUUGCAAGUACUUCAAGCAAGGGGAGGGACAGUGUCCAUUUGGCAAUAAGUGUUUCUACCUUCACGCUCUCCCUGAUGGCACUAAGAAGGAUGUUGGUCCUCCGAGACGUCGCCAUCGAUUCACAGCAGAUGGAGAAUUACAGUUGUAUCUUGAUAAUAUGGUGCUAUGGGAUUUUAUUGAAGAGCGAGAACAUCGUCUGGAGUUGCUUCGAGGCUCAAUUCAAACUUUGCUGUUGGAACUGGAACUGGAAGAUUUGGCUGACGAGUUCUACUUUGCCGAUGAUUCUGUCUCGGAAACUUCCGACUUAUAGGUUUUGGAUUUUUAUGUGUGUUUAAUUACAAAAAAAAAAAAAAAAACAAGACUAGGAAGCUUAUUCUCUCAAAAACUGAAAUGCCAAUUUUAUAAUUAAAAUUCAUAUGUAGGUUGAAUGUAAUUGCUUCUGAAAUACAUUGAAUUACAGUAUUUGAAAGUACUACACCCAUGAUUUGGUAGUGUUUGACCUGCAAAUUUCAUAAGGUAAAUGUUAAAAAAUGGCAAAGAAAUAUUGGAAUUACAUGUUUUUUUUUUUUCAGAAGCAGUUAAUCUAUUAUACGUAUCAAUAUAGCUGUAUCUAAAGUGUUCAAAACUUUAAUUGGAUUUUCAUAAGCAUUUGUUCUAUAGGGUUAAUAUACCUGCAUCUGAAAUUUUAAAAGUUCAAGAAUCAAGUAGUCUUAUACAAAGAGGUAGGCUUCUGUUGUUGAAUAACAGAGCUAUUAUUAUAUUGGCCCUAUACUUAUCAAAAGUUGUAGCAAUUUUUUUUUUUUUUUUCCCAGUAAAUCCAAUGUGUGUUGUGCACCAUGACACAGCCACCCAAGUGUGUUAGUUACAAUGUUGCUCACAGGUCUGUGACUUAGAUUUCAGAGCAUAAAAUCUGUUAAGGAAAUGGUUACUGCAUUUUAUUUGAAACAAUUGUUUAUUUAAAACUUUCAACUACCCAUUUUUAAGGUGUGUUGCUUCCUUGAUUCAGAGUUAACCUCAACUCUUAAAGAUCUAGUUUAUAUUAGGUUGAUAUUUAUUAUAAUACUGUAUCAAUGCAAAAUUAAAAUCUCUUAUAUUGUACAAAAUUCAAGAUUUAAAGUAGUGAAUUAAAAAAAAAAAAAGGCUCAUUCAAACUACCAGUGUUUGUUUUGCACCAAAUUUUAUUAAUUGAAGAAUCUCCUAUCAAAAAUAAAUAGCCUGUGGAAACUUGCAUAGCUUGUGAAAGUACUAUAACAGAAGAGUUUACCUAUUCAAUGGGCUAUACAACACUAAACCUUAUUUGGAAUAACUGCAAGUGCUUUUACAAGAUUUUCCUUAUCUAAGGUUUUUAUAUAAUCAGACCUGACUGUGAGUAUGCAUUUUGACUCUGAUAUAAAAUGAUUAAAUGGAAAACAUUAUCAAAUGUCAGUUUGCCUUUAGUAAACAUUUAGACCCUGGAUGCUUCUUUAAGGGUUUCCAGAAGUGAACUGAGUAAAAGGUGUUCUUUGCAUGCUGAAUUUCCUCGGAGGUACCCAGGGUUUCUUCAAAUGAUUUUUAAUUGGCUUUUGCAGUAAUUGUCCGGUCCAGUCUGUAGAUAUAACUAAGGAGAACUAAACUUUUGCAUAGUCCUUUCAUAAGAAUGAGAACCGUUCACUGAUAAUCACAUUACUGAAAAAGUAUCACAAGCUUUAAAUGGUUACAAUGAUCAGGUAUAUGCUGUAGGAAUAAGGCUGAUCUACCCUCUAAUAUUUCAGUCAUGAAUGAGGUUUUGUGUUUAGAUUUAACUGUUCCUGGUAAUUUUUCUUACAAGUUUUUGUUCCAAGUCUAUAUUAUGAAAAAAUAUUCUCUACUGAUAUUAAUUGCCUUUUGUUUGUAAAAACUCAGCCAUUUAUUUGCAAAAUUUAAAACUUUUUUCAGGGAGCAUUUUAAGUUAUAUGCCAUUAUUAUAUUGUCACAUGGUACUUAUUGAAAAUGUUAAUUGUAUGUGAUACUUUGAGAAACUGCUAUAAUUACUUCAUGAUUUUUAACAUAGAAACCAACUGUAUCAGGUAAAAACCUGUUUGAUGCUGACAACUGUCAUCUACACCAAUAACAUUUUCAACAUGGUGAAGAUAUUUCAAGCAGUCAUAUUAUUUUUCACCUAGAGUUAAUCAAUCUGGUAUUUCAUAAAUGCAGUAAUGUUGGGUAAACAUAGAUAUGUAGCUAACUGCCUUACUCACAAAACUUUAUCUUAAUGUAGGGACCACUUUUUUUGGGCACAAAUUGGUUAGUAUUCUUGAAAAUGACUAAUUGAUUUUUUAUUUUAUUUUUGAAGAUUUUUGUUAAACUUUAAAUCAGAUGCUUGCAUAAAAAUUAGAAACCACAUUUGUUUAUACACAAAAUUGCUUCAUAUCAAGUAUGAAUUUUGUGAAGUGUGGUGCACUGAGGAGUCUGUGGAGACAAAGAACUUUGUCCAUGGAAGCAAAGAGGGGAAUGUAUGAGAGCAUAGUUAUACCUACGCUCAUAUAUGGGUGCGAAGCAUGGGUGGUGAAUGUUGCAACAAGGAGAAGGCUGGAGGAAGUGGAGAUGUUGUGUCUGAGGGCAAUGUGUGGUGUGAAUAUAAUGCAGAGAAUUCGUAGUUUGGAAAUUAGGAGAUGUGGGAUUACCAAAACUUAUCCAGAGGGCUGAGGAGGGGUUGUUGAGGUGGUUUGGACAUGUAGAGGAUGAAGCAAAAUAGAAUGACUUUGAGAGUGCAUAAAUCUGUAGUGGAGGGAAGGCGGGGUAGAGGUCGGUCUAAGAAAGGUUGGAGUGAGGGGGUGAAGGAGGCUUUUUGUGUGAGGGGCUUGGACUUCCAGCAAGCAUGUGUGUGUGUGUUAGAUAGGAGCAAAUGGAGACAAAUGGUUUUUAGAACUUGACAUGCUGUUGGAGUGUGAGCAAGGUAACAUUUGUGAAGGGAUUCAGGGAAACCAGCAGGCCGGACUUGAGUCCUGGAGAUAGGAAGUACAGUGCCUGCACUCUGAAGGAGGGGUGUUAAUGAUGCAGUUUUAUAACUGUAGUGCAAGUGCACCUCUGGCAAGACAGUGAUGGAGUGAAUGAUGGUGAAAGUUUUUCUUUUUCAGGCCACAUUACUUUGGUGGGAAAUGGCCGAUGUGUUAAUAAAUAUAAAUAAUAUAAAAGUAAAUCUGUUUGCUACAGCAUGUAUAAAUCAUACUGCUAUAUGAACAGUAAAAGAAGCAAAAUUUGGUAGACAUAUUUUAUCAAAUGCAUUAAGGCAAAUCAUAGGUUAAAGAAUUGUACAGAUUUUAAAACUAAUUCCAUAUAAGAUUCAUUUGCAAUGUGAUUAGGGUUGCCUUUAAGAAAUAAUUAGAUGAUGAAGGUAAAAUGCAUCUCAGCUUCAGGUUGCUGCUUGAAAAAUCGCACUAUUGAUGCUAAUAUUCUUUCUAAAGCAAUUUACGUUACUGAUGCAAAUUUCUUGACAUUCUUGGUAAAUCUUAAAUGAAGAUAUUGUGGCAUUUUCUCCUGUGUGUAAAGGAUUAUUCUUUGCACAGUUUUUAGUUGUAAGUUUAAUCAUUCACUGAAAGAAAUAGUUGUCUUAAUCAGUGUUAGGAUUCAUGUCAACUUCCCCUCAAGGGAGGUUCCUUGAUGCUGGUGAGGGGCUCCUGCUCUAAGAAACUGGACUUUGUCCUUCCCUUCUUGGAUCAAACCUGAUUUUCUCCUCUUUCGCAGGCGCUAUGUGACCCCCCUACAGGUUUAGCGUCCCCCCCCCCACAUAUAAUAAUUCCUGUCAGCUGUAGUCAGUUUCUAACAUGUAUAUUUAUUUGUAACCAUUCCAUAUCUAGUUAUGUUAGUCCAUACAAAGCAGUUAUUUAAGCUUCUUGCUUGUUGAGAGCAUUUUGAAAUAUAAUGUCUGGCAUGUAGCAAAUGGUUGUGCUAUAUGCUUUAGCAUACAUUAUAGAAUUUAGGUAUGGAAACCAAGUGCCCACACAGAUUAGAGAUAACCAUUUAUUGCUAUCAAGUUGUAUGGAGGGAAUCCAUUUAUAAUCAAUAUGUUCUUUAGCAAAAAUGUUGUUACUGGUUAUUGCCUGCCUCUGGGAAUUUUUUACUUUUGUCCCUAACAUUGUGUAUGUUGAUUCAGUAAUGUGUAGAGCUUUUGGGAGACAGACAUUCGUAGAGAUUUUGGGAGACACAUCCGUAGAGAUUUUUGGGCAGCAGUCAUCCGUAGAGAUUUUUGGGCAGCAGACAUCCGCAGAGAUUUUUGGGAGGCAGACAUCUGUAGAGAUUUUAGGAGGCAGACAUCCGACAUCCGUAGAGAUUUUGGGAGAUGUUCAUAAGAAAUAUUUUUGUUCAUGUUUCACAGGUGCCAGACUGUGAACAUACCCGGUAUUAAUAUAUAUAUAUUACUAAAUUUUUCUGUUAAUCCAUCCAAUUUUGUACAAAAUUAUUUAGUACAAGGUUGUAAACUAGGUUGCUUUGUUUGGGCUUGUAUAAUUUUAUACCAAAAAUAUGCAGUCAUUUAGAUUUAUUACAUAUUGCAGCUGGUUUUAAUGAGAAAUAACUUAUAUUGUGUAUUUAUUUUUUCAGUAUAUUGUGUUUUUGCUUUGUAUGAUUGACCAUGUAAAUAACGUGCAAAAGAAAGAUUCCAUCGGUAGGCAUUACUGGAAACAAUUACUGGCGUAAUAAGAACACUAAUAUAUCAUAUUGCUCACCCAGAGAGAGAGAGAAUGGUUACUCAUCAGGAUGUGAAGGCCUUGAGUAAUCUACUUUGGUAAAAGAUCAUAUUUUGCUAGUAAGAUUGAUAUCACUAAGAAACUGCAGAAAUAAACAUCGAGUCCAAUGUUCAGGUCACAGUAGGACCGUACACAACUAGAAGAUUACAAAUGGCACAUUCUGGUUCAUUGAGCUAUAUCCAGUUAUGGUUGCUUUAGUUACUAGUUUUGAAGCUACUUUUAAGAUGGGGUGUUAGCUGCUUAGUCAUAGGAAUUUAUUCAGACUGGUAAAUAUAAACAAGAAAAGUAUCAGUACCAUGGUUGUAACAGUUCACUGCUAAAGUAAUUGAGAGAGGGAAGUUUGGAUGACAUGGCUUUAGUUUUCAGAUAAUGUAUUUAGUCGAGACUUGAAGUGACCGCGGGUUCAAACCCCACCUGUGGUAUGGUUUGUUUGCAAUCGUGUCAUUACGAUUUUGUGAGUCAUCUAAAAGUUUCCCCCCUUAAAUGUGAAUUAGUUGUGAAUGGUAAUCAUAUAUGAGCACUGUAGUCAAUAGACAGCAGUUUGUGUAAGAAAAACUUAAUUAUGUUUAUACUGAAGCCUAGACUCCUGUAAUUCAUUUAAAUACUUAUUUGGGGAAGAACUAGAAAAGACUUAAAUGCUUAUUCAUAUUUGCCACAACAGUAGCUUCAUGAAAUUGUUCUGAUUUGUAUAAAUCCUGUAUGGCCACCAUGCCAUCACUUGCAGCUCACGUAAUUUUGUCUUUAUAUUAUGGCAUUAAGAAAUUCAUGUAACUUUAAUUUUUUGUGGUGGUAGCUUUGUUGGUGAAAGAAUUACUAUAGAAGUGUCAUUUUUCCACUUAAGGUACAAAAUUUUGAUGUAAAACAGGGCACAAUGACUAUUAUAUUUUAAGUCAAACAUUGGAUAUUUUUGUAGUAGGAAGAUCACUGUUCAAAAUCAUGGAUUUCUGCACAUUUUAUCCUAAUACCUAUAUGUAAAAUUUCCUAUAACUUGCAUCAAGCUAAUAUAGUACUUCAGUCUUGGGCCAGAUGUUAGAGGGGUAAUGCACAACUGUAAGGAGGCAAGUUUUAUAGUUUGAACUGAUAAAUAUGUUCAGUAUAAAAUGGCAAGAUUAGUUUUUUAUUGCAAACCUUUGAAUUAUUUGUACAAGCAUCCAUGAUGAAUAUUAACAAACUUGUUUCAUUUCAGCAAUUGAUUGCAUUCAUAUAUGUACAUAUUCAUGCAUACAUGUACAGUAUAUACACAUUACUGCAUGCAUCUGUGCACAUUAAGCAUGAAAGUACUUGCUCAUGCAAGGAUAUGGAUACAAACUACAAAAAAAUUGGUUGUGUGAACUAAUUUGUAUAAUUUUUUAAAAUAAUUUUGAGUCAAGUACUCUUAGUUCUUAUCUAUUGUAUAUAUUUUUUUUUACAGGAAAGUUGGAAAUAUGUAGGUAAGUAUGUUUUCACUAGGGCUGAGAGGCCAGCAGCAGUGGCAGUGGAAAUUUCUUUCCUGUAUGACUUUUAAGGUACCUGGUGAGCAUCAGUCAUGCAAAAAACAUUUUAUCCAAUUCAGAAUUUCUAUACCGUACUCAUAUUUAUUGUAAAUUCACUUUUAAUGUUAUAUUCUGUGUAUGGGUGAUAGCAUAGUUAAUUUGUAAAUUUUAUUAACAUAGAUCUGUUAUAGCAUCAAUACCUUAAUUUUUUUUUUUUUUUUUCUCCUCCUGGCCUGGUCACAGACCGGGCCGCAGGGGCGUUGACCCCCGGAACACUCUCCAGGUAAACUCCAGGUAAACUCCUCCUCCUCCUCCUCCUCCUCCUCCUCCUCCAUUGAGUUGGGAACUUUUUACUAUCUUCAAAAUUUUGUGAUUUAAGCAGUUUGAUGGCAAAGAUGGCUGCCACUAAUGGUUUUAAAACAUGAUCAUCAUUGUGCAUGUGUGGUUUCAAAGUUUGCUCAAAUAUAUUUGAACAGUCAUUUUCACUUGAUCAGAAGCAGUAAAAUAUGUAGUACCUUGUAUAUACCUCUGAGGGAGAUAUAUUGCAAAGUAUUUUAGAAUGGUAUGUGUGCACCAUAAUCAGAUGAGGUAUUAAUGUUCUUUAUUUUAUUUGGAAGAUCAGAAUGACAGAUGUGGUACAGUAGAUCAUUUAUUAUUUAGCAUUCGAUUAUUCUGCAUUCAAUAUUGUCUGGAUGUCUUACUUGAUUCAGCUUUUAAAUAUACACUGCUAAGGAGGAAUAUGGUAAAAGUACCCUAAAAAACUGCGAUAAUCUAGUGUUUCUGAAAAACUAGGGAACUGUUCCUCAGGGAGGUACUUAAUUUAUGAUCUGUAGUACCUACUAUAAAAAUGAUCAAAUUUAAGAGAUUCUUGUUUAGAUAUAUCGGUUGCUGUUAUAAUUUAAGCCAUACAAAUUUAUUAAAGAAUGUACGUUCUCUUGCACAUUAUUUAUGCCCUUUAAGUCGGGUAUACUCUAUAGUGACUUCGUGGGCAUUGAUGGCAAGUAAAUUGAGGCAUGUGUGGCUUUAAUUUUUCAGUUAUUCAGUGACUACUAAAACAUUUAAGAUCUAAAUUUUAUGUAAUGAAUUAAGUAGAUCUUCCCCUUCUUAAUUUAGUUUGUUCCUUGAAGGAUGGAAGUAGGAGCCUCUUUUAUCUGGCAAGUCAGGGAUUCUAGACAGUUUUUCAAAUCUUUGCAUAGACUGUGAUGUCAUCAUAUAUACCCCAAUUGUUAAUGCUGUUGGGAACACUGAGUAAUGAUAAACAAAAGUACUGUACAUUUAUAAUUGCAUUGAUGCAAUGAAAUUUUUCUUUUGCUUCAUUGUCACUAAAGUUGUCUUUCAGCUGAGUGGGAUAGUGCUGUGCCUGUUUCACUUCAGUCAGUGUCAAGCAUUAAACUUCUGCAUUAUUGGUAUGAGUGGCUAACAAAACUAAUUCCACAACAUUGACAAAUGGCUGUUGAUAACAUACUGUAUAUUA